GAAGACAAUGACAGCGAAUCUGAAGAAUAUAGACCUGAUUUGGACGACGAUAUGAACAAUGAAUUAAAUGACAGCCAAAACGGGAGUGAAUUAAACAUAAAAACUAAUUACAAACGAAAACACAAAUCAAAGUCACAUUUGGAAACGUUAUUAAAGUGUCCGCCAAUUGAGUGUCCGAAAGAAUUGAGUGAAGAAAUAAAUGGCGAAUCAAUUGACAGCCAAAGAGUGAGUGAAUUAAACACUAAGACCAAUGGCAAACGAGAAGACAAAUCAGCGAAAAGUGAAGACAAUGGCAGCGAAACAGAAGAAUACGGAUCCGGUUUGAGUGACAAUGAAAUGGACGAUAAAUACGGCAUUGAAUGGAUCGCUGGGAACCCUUUGCGAAAGUCUCUUAAUGGCAAAUAUGUGUGCGAAUACAGGGGCUGUGGAAAGCAAUUCAAAAAUCCCACAGGACUAUUGGGCCACGCAUUCAACCAUUUGAAUGCAAAGGCAAAGAAGUCAUUCGUGUUUAAGAGGAGAUCCGACGGCCAAUACGUGUGUCUUAUAGACGGAUGUAAUAAAGUAUUCACAAGGAGUGGACAUCUCAGAGGCCAUCAAAUAUUACACUUUAAACAGCGAAAAUGUCCGCAAACCGGCUGUCCAUUCACCGCCAUUACACUCCCGGCACUCAAUCAACACGUGAAGACACACCCGAAGCCAUACGCGUGCGACACGUGUGGACUAAAGUACAAAAGCAAGAAAUUAUUAACUCAACACAAACGCAUACAUAACGAUGCGUUGAAAUACCGCUGCGAUUGGCCCGACUGUGGCCGACUGUUUGCCCAGAAAUAUCAACUCAGAGACCACAUUAAUACACAUACGGGCGCUGUUCACCACCCGUGCGAAUGGCCCGGUUGUGGGCACACCUAUACUAAUGUAACCUCACUUUUUGUCCACGUGAAAAGAGUCCAUAAAGGGUUGGCUGACUACCGGUGCCAUUGGCCAGAGUGUGACUAUAAGACCACAAAUGGUAUUCGUCUUAACAAUCAUAUCCAUAGACAACACGAGGAUUUACAAUCAAUUGGUUGUCAAACGAGCGAUGAAUUCAUUAAUGAAGAGUUGAUUCAAAGAGAAGACAAUACAAGACAUGAAACACAAGACAAUAGAGAGAAGACCAGCGCUGAAGAAGUGGUCGACUCUGAAGACAAUGAAUCAAAUGCUGGCAUCGAUUGUGUUACAGAUGAAGAAAUAGGCGUUGGAAAUGAUUCCGACGACAAUGAGGACAACAAUCCUAUGAAUGAAGACUUGAAUAAUAAAACCAAUGAAUUGAAUGACAACUUAAAUGAUAAUCAAAGAGGGAUUGAAUUGAACCCAAUAUUGUAUUACAAUAAUACACGGAAACGAAAGUACACUUUAAAUGAAAGCGAUAUGAGUGACAAUUCGGACGAUGAAACGAUGGCUGGGAUACGGACCACACGGGGAUCGCACGGGGAGUAUGUGUGCGGUUUCAAGGACUGCGGGGAUUCAUUCACAGAUCACUCGCUUCUAGCGAUGCAUGUGUUCAGUCAUUGCGACCCUAGGCUUAAGAAGUCAAUGAGAUUUAAGAGGAGACCCGACGGCCAAUACUUGUGCUGUAAAAGGGGUUGCGAUGCCAUCCGUGACGAUAUCGUUGCCCUCCGGAUGCACCAAAUGUCACACUUUGAACACUUUUUAAUCGAAACCUGCGGUCCGAACGCAUUGACCCGAUACAGGACCGCAUUAAAUGACGGAACAAUUCAUUCCCAAAGUGGGAGUGAAUCAAACAAUAAAAGUAAUAACAAUUCAAACGGAGGCGAAGACAAUGAGGACAACAAUAAUCAUACGAAUGAAGCGUCAGUUAUGAAGAGAAGUGAUUUGAACGCAACAACAGAUAAUACUCACAAACUUAAUGGUAAACGAAAGUACACUUCAAUGUAUAGCGAAGUGAAUGACAACGAAUCGGAAGAAUAUGGACGCGAUAUGAGUGACAAUUCGGGCGAUGAAUGGAUGGCUGGGAUACGGAUCACACGGGGAUCGGACCGGAAGUAUGUGUGCGGUUUCAAGGGCUGCGGGAAGUCAUUCACAGAUCACUCGGUUCUAGCAAUACAUGUGUUCAAUCAUUUGGACGCUAGUAUUAAGAAGUCAUUGGUCUUUAAGAGGAGACGCGACGGCAAAUGUUGUAAACAGGGUUGCGAUGCCAUCCAUAAAGAUGUUGGUGCCCUCCGAGUCCACCAAAUGGCACGUAUGGAACAACAUUUAAUCGAAACCUACGGUCCAAACGCAUUGACCAACAAAUCAAUUUUAGGAGCAAUUCAUAGCCAAAGAGUGAGUGAAUUAAUCAAUAAAAUUAAUAACAAUUCAAAGGGAGGCGAAGACAAUGAGGACAACAAUAAUCAUACGAAUGAAGAUAUGAAUAGAAGUGAAUUGAAUGCAACGACAGAUAACACUCGUAGACCUAGUGGUAAACGAAAGUACACUUCAAUGUAUAGUGAAUUGAAUGACAGCGAAGCGCAAGAAUAUGGACGCGAUAUGAGUGACAAUUCGGACGACAAAUGGAUGAGUAAGAAUUAA